AGCUCCCUUCCGGCAGAAAGACCUAGGGACGCGAGUGUGAAGUCAGGCCUCACAGGGGCAAGAAGAAAGCCGUCUAAAGCCAGCUGGUCUGGCUUUGAGGAAAGCAAGAGAAUUACAGAGAGUGAAAGAAAGAAAGAGAAAGGGGAACGGAAAGAAAGAAAGAAAGAAAGAAAGAAAGAAAGAAAGAAAGAAAGAAAGAAAGAAAGAAAGAAAGAAAGAAAGAAAGAAAGAAAGAAUAAAGUUAAGUUAAGAAUGUAGGAAAGUGACACCUGACUGAAAGGCUUUAGCAGUGGGUUCUGUGAAGGUGAUCGUGCAGCUCGAGAAACAGGGCAUUUUACCCAAGGAAGAGAAAGCAUCAAGAAGAUCCAAGUAGAAAGAAGUGUUGCUAGCAAAGGAAGAAAGCCCAAAAUUGAGACUUGAGCUGGACAUUUGGGGUCCAGGACUGAGGAUUGUGCUGUAUUGUUUGUCAGAAAGUGGUUUGGUACCGAAGAUACCGAAAGAAAGAACAGAGUGAGAGAGAAAGACUCGAGAAGAAUAAGUGGAGUACAAUGUGCUAGGGGAGUGAAAGGAGGCAAACUCAGUGUUUUUCUGAUAUUCUCGUGGUGUCAGAGAGACCAAACAGGACGGCAAGGAUGGGACGGAAGAAGAUCCAGAUCACAAGGAUAAUGGACGAAAGGAACCGUCAGGUUACCUUCACAAAGCGAAAGUUUGGCUUGAUGAAGAAAGCUUACGAGCUGAGCGUGUUGUGCGAUUGCGAGAUUGCCCUAAUCAUAUUCAACAGCUCGAACAAACUCUUCCAGUAUGCCAGCACUGACAUGGACAAAGUCCUGCUUAAAUACACAGAGUACAACGAGCCCCAUGAGAGCAGAACCAACUCGGACAUUGUAGAGAAAUUAAGAAACAAAGGCCAUAUUGACUGUGCCAGUCCAGAUCCAGAUGACUGUUUCGGUCACAGUCCCCUCAUGGACGACCGUUUCGGCAAACUAAACGAAGAGAGUGAUUUAAUGUACAAGCGCUGUGGUGCGCUUAACAAGAAAGAACACAGAGGCUGUGAUAGCCCGGAUCCUGACGCCUCAUUUGUCCUCACCCCUCACACAGAAGAAAAAUAUAAAAAAAUUAAUGAGGAGUUUGAUAAUAUGAUGCGAAAUCAUAAAAUCCCUACAGCCCUGCCCCAGCAGAACUUCUCCAUGCAUGUGGCUGUGCCUGUGACAAACCCCAACGCCAUGUCCUACAACCCCGGGGCCUCUUUAGGCAGUCAGAGCCUGUCAGCCGCCGCUGCGUCUCUGAGUGAUGGUGCCAUGCUGUCUCCACCUCAGGGUUCCCUGCACAGAAACGUAGUGUCUGCCGGGCCCCCGCAGAGGCCCCCCAGUACAGGCAGCGCAGCAGGAAAUGGCUUCGUUAACCCGAGGGGCUCGCCGGGGCUUCUGGGUACACCCAGCGGGAACGGGCUGGGUAAAGUCAUGCCUGCGAAGUCACCACCACCACCGGGGGGCAACAUGGGCAUGGGAAGCCGCAAGCCAGACUUGAGAGUUGUCAUUCCCCCAUCCAGCAAGGGCAUGAUGCCUCCCCUGCAGUCGGAGGAGGAGGAGAUGGAGUUGAACACUCAACGGAUAAGCAUCUCCCAGUCCACCCAGUCUCUGGCCACACCGGUGGUCUCUGUUACCACCCCCAGUCUGCCACCACAAGGCCUGGUCUACUCAGGCAUGCCCACUGGCUACAAUUCUGAAUACUCCCUGAGCAGCGCUGAGCUCUCAUCUCUGCAAGGCUUUGGCUCUCCGGGGCUCUCUAUAGGCUCAAUGUCGGCAUGGCAACAGCAUCAACUGGGCCAGGCAGCUCUCAGCUCUCUGGUAGGUGGCGGUCACUUACCUCAGGGCUCCAAUCUCUCCAUCAACACCAGCCACAACAUCAACAUUAAAUCAGAGCCCAUUUCACCUCCACGCGAGCGCGUCACCCCGUCCGGCUUCCAGCCCCAGCAGCCGCAACAGCAGCAGCCUCCCUCCGGGCGUCUGGACAUGGGCCGCUCACCCGCCGACAGCCUCAGCUCCUCCUGCUCCUCGUACGACGGAAGCGACCGAGAGGAUCACCGGCACGACUUCCACUCUCCGCUCGGCCUGGGGCGACCCCCCGCCGGCGGGGCCGAAGAGAGGGAGAGCCCCACGGUCAAGCGCAUGCGCAUGGACACCUGGGUGACAUAAAGCUGUGUGGAGCUGAAUGCCAGUCAGUCACACGCAGGGCUGGGCAGGGGAAAGGGAGAGAGGCGAGACAGCAGGGAGGGUCAUUAUUGUUAUUAUUCUAUUAUUAUUAUUAUUUAACGUCAUUUCACUUUUUUGUAAGUAGGUGGAUGGUGUUUGAAGAUGUCCUUACAUAUCGAAAUUAAGCAACUAAGUGGAGAGAGAAAGAAAAAUCAAGCAGUCAGAAUAAACGGUGUACUCAAAACAGGUGUUUUCAGGUACUUGCAAAUAGGAUUGUUCGAGAGUCCAAGACAAGAGAUUAUUGUAGUCGCUGGUGCAGUUUGACACUUGUAGCUGUUUUUUCGCUGUUGAAUUUGCAAAUUUCAAACAAUCAAAGAAAGUUUAGGGCCGGCUUUCUGUCUAAAGGUUGUUGUCUGCUGGGCUCAUGUAUUAAACAAUCUGUAUCUGCACUUGCCCUUAUGUCACUUAUUAAAUUAUUUAAAGGUCAUUUUAAAUAAAUGUUUAAAUACAUUUUAAAGGACAGUAGAUCGAUUAUUAUGAGGCAGAACUUGUAUCCGAAUUGAGAUCACGUAUCGCCUCAAUCAAGACAUUAAAUUAUGUGUAAAACAAUGUCUCUAACUGUACCAUACACAUUUUAAUCAAUUGCUAAAUUUUCAAUAUAUUCGUGACAAACUGUUUUUGGAAGUUUAAGGUAGCCCAGUCGAUUAUAGACUAUAGUUAUUGAAUAUUCAUGCAGCUCCAACAACUCAAUGGUAACGCAAGCCAAAGUCUCUUUGUCAUUUUGUUGUACUGUGGGUUGGAAACUUUCAGCAUUUCUCUCUCAAUGUUUGUUUCAUAUAUUAGUUCUGUCAUAGUGUGCAUUGUUACAAAUGUUGGAGAAACGAUAAACAUGCAAAGCAGAUCUUGAAACAAUAUCUAAAGCCAUGAACACUUGCUGUUCUGUUUGUAAAUUAAAGAUUUGAGCCAAACCUUUUCUUUUGUUAUGUACAUAGCAACUUUAAUAUAUAUCACUUUCGGUGUAAGUACGUAUGUAUUGUAUCUUCACCAGAUUUAAGAAAAAAAGUAUAUUUUUGUGGAUUACUGCCAAGUUUACAAGGCGAGAUCCUUAUUAAGUAGAGUAUUCACUGGUUAAUAUUUACUAUUUUGUUAACUAUACUGUACUUUCUUCAAAUCGGACUAUUGUUGGUAAUAAUCAAAAUGUUUUUUUGUGUGUGUUUUUGUUUGUUUGUUGAGAAGGUUGUUUUUGGGUCGUUUACCCUUUAACGGUGGUGAAUGUCUGUCCAUAAGAAAUUGUAACAAAAGAGCUGUUUUAUUUAAGCUCGACCGUCCUUUUUGUUUUCGUUUUGUAAAAACGAUAAUCGCCAUGCUAAGAAAAAUAUGGUUGCUUUUCCUACAACUGUUUUGUGAGGGAUUAGCCUGCAGCUGCUGAAUACACUGCCUACUUUAAAACUCAUCGCAGUUUAGAUGCACUAUUCAGUCAUCUCCACUCAAAGAAACAAUCCCACAGUGUGUAUAGAAAGUCAUCCCUCUUCGAAUGCACAUGUGCUCUCAUAUUGUAAAUACCAUUAGUAACCCCAGUACACACAUGCAUACUAUGUACAGAACAUUUUGCCACAUAUUUUGUGAAUUGGUUCAUCUACAGAUUUCCUUAUGUAAGACACCUUUUAAGGCAUCAGUCGCAAUGCUCUGUAUUGCUGGACAAAAGGUGGCACUGUAGCUCUCUCUGCUGUUGCUGUUGCGCUCUGUGUGCAUAUCCUUCCAACGCCAGGCUUUUCAUGUAUGACUGUUUGUUUGUGCAGCACAAAUGUCUGGUAUCAGUGGCCUCCAGUUUGCAUCACACCUCACUGCCCCUCAGGUGGGAUUCAGCAGCUAAAAAUGGAAAUUGUAAACAAACUUCACUCAAGAUUGCACAAAAGUUUGUACGUUUAAGUUUGCCAUUGGAUAAAAGGAUGCUUUCCUCUUUAGAUUUGUUAUGUAUUUGGAUCACUUUUAGAUACCUCCCUGUCCUUUUGAGCACCAUAGCAACUGGCAAUAAGCUGAUAUUAAUCUAUGCAGUCCCCGACCCACACAUAGCCAGGAACACAAAGCAUUCACAUUGAAAGGAAUGAUGGAAGAAGCAUCUUAUAGUAUCACAUGCCCAUUUGUCAUGAAUCAUGAAUAAAGUGCUCUUUAUUGAGCAGUUGAGAAAAUGACUGUUAACCCUUUGUCCCUAAGUGCUUGCGUAUUGAGGUUACAUAUAAAGGCACACUAAAUAUGAAAACGAGAGCCAUGCAGUCACUGCUUUAGGUAUAGCUUUAGAAUAAACCUCAGAUGUACAAGCUUUGUUGUCUCAGCUGAAUGAAACAACUUGGAAACCCAUUAGAAAGUUUUAUGAUAUCCGUUGAAAAUCAAGUUGUUCACAAUCGAAGCUUUUCAGGGUAGACAAGCAAUAAUGCCAGCUCAGUGCUAUAACAGCACUGCGGAUGAAAAAACCUGCAGUUUUUACACUGCAAUGCACACACAUUCACUCAACAUUAGUGCUUGAUUAGGAUUCAGGGAAUUUGUAGAGUUUCUCCACUACAUGCACAAUUAGAGCCUUAUUCCAAAGAGUUGCUGGUGUUCAAAAUCCAAUGUAUCACUCAUCACAUCUUAAAUUCAUCCAAACAAGCCUCACAUCUGUGGAUGAAGUGUAUUGCUUUGUCCACAAGUCCCUAUACAAAUGCACGGAUGAAAUACAUAAGAAUCUAAAGGGAGGAGGCAGUUCCUAUGGUGCAGAGUGCUGUGUGUGAAACUGUUGAAUGUGAAAGGAAGGGAUAAAGAGAAAACAACAAUUGUGUUGGGUACUUUCUUCACUUUGCUGUGCAAGAGUACACUGCUUUGCUUAUGGCUUUUCUAAAACAGAAUGAUGUAUUUGGUAAUUGUUUGUAGUUAAUAGUUCACUUCAAGAAGCUGUUUGCGGUUUGAUCGCUCGAACCGUUUGGCGGCACAAGCUGGACUUUGUUGCCAUAAAUGAAACGAGAUGUUUCAAAAAGAAAAAAAGAGACAAAAAAAGAGAAACCUUUAAGUUAAUCUGCAUUAUAUUUCCCUUGAAUGUGUUGUUUUAUCUUCAUUACACGAUUAAUAUUCUAGUGAUCUUUUUAUUGAAUGACUUAAGAUAUUAUGCUAGAGAUUGUUGUACAAAUUUGUAUUCUGCAUUCACUAAAGUACAGUAAAGAUAUCGGCUUUUAUUGUGUAACAUAGGUUCUCUCGCUUCUUCUGUGCUAACUGAAGUGAACAGUUCUCUGAAUUUGAGUAGACUUUGUCCACAUGUGAAGUCCAGAACAUUAGAAUCUGUCCGCUUUAUUAAAAACCUUAUUGUACCCUCAAAUACUCCCUCUAUGUGCCUUCAUAC